AUGGAUAACUACAACAGCUACGGCAACUCGCAAUACGGCUCCGGCGGAGGCGGUGGUGGCGGCUUCAUGCCCGGCGAGAUGAACAGCCCAGCAGGUGGAAAGGGCGACUUCAACAACAACACCCUCCGCCCCAUUACCGUCAAACAAGCCCUCGACGCCUCCCAACCCUACCCAGAAGCAAACUACCAAAUCGAUGGCGCCGACGUCUCCAGCCUCUGCUUCAUCGGCCAAGUCCGCAACAUCAGCUCGCAGAGCACAAACGUCACAUACAAGAUCGACGACGGCACCGGCGAGAUCGAAGCAAAGCAAUGGAUCGACUCCACGACAGCCGACACCAUGGACACGGACGACGGCGCCAAGGGCCCCGGGAAGUCCGGAAAGGACCAGGUCGAGUUGAACGGCUACGCGAAGAUCUUCGGCAAGUUGAAGGCGUUCGGGAAUAAGCGGUUCGUGGGCGCGCAUUCGGUCCGUCCCGUGACGGAUAUUAAUGAGUUGCAUUUCCAUCUGUUGGAGGCGGCUGCCGUGCAUUUGUUCUUCACGAGGGGCCCCCCUGGCGGUGCUGGUGGUAAUGCGGCUGGAGGCGCUGGCGCUGGAGAUGCCUCGAUGGGCGGCGUUGAUGAUUACGGCGCUGCUGGGAACCGGGCUUUGCCUGCGAUGACGCCCGCCGCGAAACGCGUGUAUAAUCUGCUGAAGACGGAGCCGCAGAAUAACGAGGGUUUGCAUGUCCAGAUGAUCGCGGCGAAGUUGGGUCUGCCGUUGCCCGAUGUGGCGCGGGCCGGAGACGAGCUGUUGACGGCGGGUAUGAUCUUUCCGACGGUGGAUGAGCAGACUUGGGCGCUGUUGGAUUACUAG